AUGACCGCAACUGAUCUAUCAAUAAAGACAGAGCCUUGGGUCAGAUUUUCAUCGGAAGAAGCACGCUCUAUUCACAAGCAGCCCCCUGACAAUCUCACCAAUGAUCUCAAUACCUGUAAACUUCCGGUAACCACAACUGUCAUCGAGUCAGAAAACGAAAGCACCAGACAGAGCAGUGACAAUACCAGUCUCCUGCUCGAGAAAUUGCCCGUCGAACUUAUCACCAAGAUUCUCAGAUUUGCCUGCACCACAAACUCUCAUCAUGAGACCCUCCCGAUGUGCAUACUCAAGAUCAAGACUGGAAACCAAAGAGGCCGCAUUAGACGUUGUUCGGGAAAAGCCCGCGGGAAGGGAAAAGAAAUUCAGACAUACAGAGCUCUGAAGAUAACAUGUGCUAGCUUCCGCAACAUCAUCGACGCCACAGAUAUUCUUUUCAAAGACAACACAUUUGAAUUUUGUUCACUUGAAGAACUGAUCAUCUUGAAAACUCUCACUUCCAAGCAACGUAAUGCUAUCAAAUCAAUCUACUUGACUGUGGAUAUUACAUACGGGUUUGUGAUGGGAAGUCCCGAUUUUCCCUGGAGCCUGAGACAUUUUACUCACACUCCACAGCGUCUGCGAGAUACAGAAGCCGCAUACUACACUCUUGGCAGCUGCCAUGGUCUGCAUAGCUUAUACAUCAAUAUGGACCGAUACAAAAAUUAUCUCAACAGCUUUGAUGGGCCGAAUAAUCAAUCUCCAUUUAUCUUGAUGGAUGGUAGUAAGAGCCUCGAUGCUUUACAUUCUAUCUGCGGUCUUCAAAAUUUUCAUAUAACAACUUCCAAUCACCAGCAGCACCCACAUUCAGGUGAUUUUCCAUGCUGUUUCAAAGGAAGGUGUUUGGAUGAAAUCGAUGACUUCUCCGCCAAGACGGGUAUUCUCGAUCAGUCUCUCGUGGAAGAGUAUAAGCGACGUUGUUAUUUGGGAAUGAGUCUAUUGGAACAGGAAGGUAAGAUUACUUUCCAAUCAUCUAAUUGA